CACUGCGCAUGAUGGAAAUGUUUUCGAAGCUGGCCACGCCCAUCAGAGCAUCAGACCCCCGCCCAUCAGAGCGUCAGAGCCCUGCCCAUCAGAGCAAUCUCCGGGAAGAACUCACCUCCUGUGGUUCGUCACUGACCGCACAAACGUCUCCUGGUACGACAAGGACACUUCGUUCAAGCACAUUUAAGGAAUAUUCUGCUAGGAGUUGAAUCUGCGUCAGCUCUCUCCAUUCAACAGUCGACAUGUGUGACUUCUCCGUGGAUCCGAUGUCUCUCAUCCCCAAUGGGCAUCACUCCCCUCUCAAGCGCCAAAUGGCCUUUGACAUGUUUGAAGACACCCUGGCCAUGGGGUACUUCUUGACUCCUGAUCAGGAUCAGUCCCUCCAGGAGGUUCCCUCGGGCCUGGAAUGUGUGUCUCAAGAGCCCGGGGCCUGCUCUGUGCCGAUGCUAACCCCGUGUAGCAAAGCAGUGAUGAGUCAAGCCCUGAAGGACAGCUUCAGAGGCUUCAACAAAGUCCAGCAGUGCUUCGGCAUCUCCGACAACCCCCGGAGGUGGACCAGGCCCCAUGUCCUCCAGUGGCUGCAGUGGGCCUCAGGUGAGUUCAGCCUGGCUCACCUCAACUUCUCCCGGUUCGAGAUGAACGGUCACCAGUUGUGCGCUUUGGGAAAAGAGAACUUUCUGCAGCUGGCGCCUGACUUUGUUGGAGACAUCCUGUGGGAGCAUCUAGAUCAAAUGAUGAGAGAGUCCCAGGAGAAAGUGAUGGCCGCCAAUAACCUGAACAGUGUUGUCCCCUCUUUAGUGGACUGGAUGUGCACUUCUGAUCUUGGUAGGGAUGACAAUGGUGGUGUCAUGCAGGUUCCAAAAAGCAGCAGCAGCAGCCUCCUCAGACAGCUGUUUGAGAGCCCUGAUAAGACCUCUCCUCUGAUCCAGGACCAGAAAGACUCUUCCGAGAAACCGUGGGACAAUGACCAACUGAGCUACACUACAGGAAGCCCCAUCUUUUCCAAUAACUGCCACCAAGCCAAACCCCUCUCACUGGAGAGCUCCCUGGACAGCGUGGAGAGCUUCAACGGUCUGCACUCCUGGGGCAGCCAGUCGUCUCUGGCCGACACCCAGAGGGUGCCAUCCAUCGACAGCUUUGACGAGGACUGCAGUGCGACCCAGUUUUGUGUGGGCAAACAGAACCUGUCCUUCAAGGACUACAUCCAGGAGCAGAACGUGCCCGUCGGACUGGGGAAGCCGGUUGUACCAGCUGCUGUCCUCGCUCUUUUUACUGGUAGUGGCCCUAUACAACUUUGGCAGUUUCUCCUGGAACUCCUGACCGACAUCAGUUGUCAGACCAUUAUAAUCUGGACUGGGGACGGGUGGGAAUUCAAACUCACCGAUCCUGACGAGGUGGCGCAGCGUUGGGGUCAGCGCAAGAACAAGCCCAAGAUGAACUACGAGAAGCUGAGCCGUGGCCUGCGUUACUACUAUGACAAGAACAUCAUCCACAAGACGCCGGGGAAGCGCUACGUCUACCGGUUCGCCUGCGACUUGGAGAAGCUGCUGGGCUACUCGGCCGAAGAGCUCCACGUGGUGCUGGGGAUCCCACACGGCGCCAAGGACUGAGCCGCUGGGGUACAAGCCCAGCGGUCAGCUGGGGCACAUUGAGCUGGUCAGGCUUCCUUUUUAUGGUGGGAGCCCGAGACAAACCUGCAAAGGACACCCCCACCACCUUGAUGGUGUAUUUAAUCAGGGGCUGGUGGCGGACGAGGCUGCUAAAGGCUAACGAAGUCGACUGCACUGACAAAAGACAGAGUAGUCACUAUGAGGCUGCUUUAUUGUGUUUCUCAUGUACUAUGGGACCUGUCUUUGUGGUCAGGGGAACGCUCUUCUGGGAACACAGUGAGUGAGAGAGUGACGGUGCUGGCUGGGCUCACGUUCCGCGCUCGGCGUAUAGGGAUGGCGGCUUUUAUUGAAACAAUUUCUGGUCUUAUUUAUUUAAACAAUGUAGGCCUGUGGAGGCCACUGCCUUUUUUGAGACUGGAUUCUUCCCGGGAUUACACUGGAAUGUAACAAUGCACAAAAUGGAAAAAAAAAAAUUGUGUACCACUGCGUUUCUUUAUUUAAAAAUGCUUAACUCCUUACAGCAUUUUUGAGUGUUUAUGGUAUUUUUCGAUGAAAUAAUGAAAUCAUAUGGUUGGAUAAAAAUAUGUAAUUAUUUAUAUAUUUUAUUUUUUUGAUGAACUAAACUAUAUGCUUGCUUUAAGUCUUGGGACCAAGAAUUGUAUUUUGCAUCAAAGUUAAACAUUUAAUGGUGUUAUAUUAUAAUUGUGUUUAAUGUUUGUGUGCUACUUUUACAUGUUUCUUAUACAUUAAGGAAGUUGUAUUUUUGGAAGGCGAGUGUUCUCAUUUGGUAGCUGGUAUUGGAUCCAGGUGUGGGUUAACGCAUACUUCUGCACAGUGAGCAGUGGUUGUUGCAGUUUAAAAGAAACAAAGCUAUAUAAUUCAGAUUUGUCCAUUUUCUCAGUGAUUUUCUUCACUGGUUACUGUUUUAUGCCCACUUAAUAAAAUAUUUGUACUGCUUC